AACCGCUCCUUCCCCUGGCACGGGGUCACCCCAGAUGAGUGGGAGCCCCAGCCCUGUACGGACAGCAGUGGCAUCACAUGGCCUUACAGCAGCCUUCUUCUUGUGGGGUAUCUGGUGAGCACAGGGGCUGUGCGCAGACUGGUGUCCCUCGCAGGGUCCCGCUGGAAGUUGUGAAGGCCCAUCCCGGCCAGCGAUGCUGAUCCUGAGCUGUUCCUCCAAGCUGCGGCUGCUGGAGGGGAUGCUACGGCGGGGCCUGCCUGACACGCUGCCGGUCUACGGCACUGUGAUGCAUGUGAACCGCGGGAACCCGGCUGGCCAGGAGGUGCUGGUGGAUUCAUGGCCAGAGUUCAAAAUGGUCCUGACCCGGCCACGCAGAGAAGUGGUGCGGGACCCAAGCGAUUAUUUCACCAAAUUGUACACGGCCUUCUACCGGGACGAGGGAACCUGCCGGGCCCUGCUCGAGAACAGCCGCGCCGUGGACUGGGGCCAGGCCUUCCAGAUACAGGGGCUGCAGGACGGGGUAUACGAGACCAUCAGGGACAUCGCCAGGGCCAGGGGGCUUGAGAUGGAGACGUAUCCGUACCGGCCGCUGCUGCACCCAGACCCGCCUGCCAUGCCCCAGUACCGGUAGGUGCCCCCAAGAUAUGGGGUGUGUGU